AUGCCGCAAACUCACAACAUUCUACUCUUUCCCGGCGAUGGGAUCGGCCCAGAGGUCAUGGGCGAAGCCGUCAAGAUCCUCAAUCACUUCUCUUCUCAGCCUUCUCUCUCUUCGUCCCACGAGUUCAUCUUCCGCUCUGAACUCAUCGGUGGCUGCAGCAUCGACACCCACGGCAAAUCCGUCACCCCCGAAGUCCUCUCCGUGGCGCAAGAUUGGGCUGACGCUGUUCUUUUCGCUGCCGUUGGAGGACCCAAGUGGGAUACCCAGCGAAGAGGGCUUGAUGGCCCGGAGGGUGGCCUUUUGCAAGUUCGUCGUGCAUUGGAUGUCUAUGCCAAUUUGAGGCCGUGUGCAGCAAAUACGCCGUCGCCAUCAAUCGCCAAGGAGUUUAGUCCAUUCAAACAGGAUGUAAUCGAAGGGGUGGAUUUUGUAGUAGUGCGAGAGAACUGCGGAGGGGCGUAUUUUGGGAAGAAAGUGGAAGAUCCUGAAUACGCAAUGGAUGAAUGGGGCUACUCAACUCCUGAAAUCCAACGUGUAACCCGGAUUGCCGCGCAGCUUGCUCUCCGGCAUGACCCUCCUUGGCCGGUAAUUUCACUUGACAAGGCCAAUGUACUCGCUUCGUCCCGGCUCUGGCGCAAAGUGUUCGAGCAGACUAUGAAAACCGAAUUCCCGCAAGUCAAGUAUCUAAACCAACUUGCCGACUCUGCAUCAUUGAUCUUGGCCAUUGAUCCACGCAAACUGAACGGUGUCCUUCUGGCAGACAAUACUUUCGGAGAUAUGAUCUCCGAUCAGGCGGGUAGUAUCGUGGGCACCUUGGGUGUCCUGCCAUCUGCUAGCCUCAAUACUCUUCCAGGGCUAAAGUUGGAGGAAGGUCAAAAGCAAAAGGCUUUGUACGAGCCUACCCACGGCUCAGCACCAGAUAUUGCGGGGAGGAACAUUGCAAACCCAACAGCGAUGAUCCUAUGUGUAGCGCUAAUGUUCCGGUAUUCCUUCGACAUGGAAAAAGAAGCUAGACAAAUAGAGGAUGCAAUCAGAAAUGUCCUAGAGGCCGGUAUACGGACAGGAGAUUUGCGUGGAACAGCAACGACCACCGGGUUUGGCGAUGCCGUCGUUUCAGAGCUGAAAAGAGAAGACCCCAACAUGCCUCGCCCUACCCUCCCCAAGCCUGGUUUCUCUCUCCUGCGCCUUCACAACACCCAGAGCCCACAUUUCAUCACAAUGCUCUCGUCCACCGCGAAAACAAACCUCGUCGACUCCAUCGCGCAAGACAUCGAAGGCUGCAUCUACGCGAUAGGGUAUUAUACCAACACCGGUGUUCUCGACGCCGACAACACGCUUCAGUUCGAUCAGGUCAUACGGAAGAUCAAAAGAGAGGAAAGACAUGCCCUCCGAAAGAUGUUUCGCAGGGUGAGGACCUACAGGAAGAAGGCUUCCAAGGCGAAGAAAGGGUACAAGAAGAUCAGGAAGUUGAUCAAGAAGGAGAGGAACGAACAGGGCCAGGAUCACCAGCAAAAAGAGCAAGCAUGGAAUGCCGUGGAAACGGAGUUGAAGCUAGAUGUUGAUUCGGCCGUCUACUCAGAUCAUGAAUCUCCAGAACAAGUUUCGUCGCCCACCGACUAUGAGAAGUGUAUCGUGGACAAACCACUUGCUUCGAACGAAAUCGCCACGAACAUCCUGGCCGGAAAAAUCGCCGCGACUCUCGAAUCCUUGCAGAAUACACAAUUUACGAUGGUCUAG